AACGGUGGAUACAGUGGAGCACCAGUGACCGAAGGCACACGUGCAUCCAUAUUCCUUGUAGAAUCUGAUAAGGUCACUCAAACAAACGGAGCGUACUUCAACAAUAGUGCAAAAAGAGUGAAACAAUUGAGUGAGGAUGCAAUUGACCGCGAGCAGCAAGAUCGUCUUUGGGAAUACACCGAGAAACUGUGUGAACGUCAUGGAAUCAUCUUUUCAUGA